GAGUGUGAAAAUAGAGUGGCUGAGGAUGUCAGGCAUUCCCAGAGGGCUUGGCCAAGUGUAGGGAUGCUUUGGAAACUGUUUGUUUCUUUUGAAGGCUGCUAACAAAUUCAGCUGGAGGCUCUAAUUCCAUGUUGAAUUCCUUAUGGAUAAGCUGGGGCAGAUACAAGAAGUGGGGUUUGGAAAAUAUAUUUUGAAAGAUCUAACUUGGGUGGAUUUUAGAAAGAGUCUGGGAGUGAAAUUACUUUGCUCUUAUUGGUCAGUGAGAUUUGAGCUGAAAAGAGAGAGACUGGAGUGAGAAAUCUGAAUUCUAGCAAUCAAAUGUAUCUAUACCCCAGCCUGAGGGAACCCUUGUUGCACCAGGGAAUACCAGGAGGUUUCUAGGCUGGGUUUUGGGUCUAGGUUGCCAUAGCAGGUUGUUUUCCACCCUGCUCACAGACAGAAAGUUAAAAUGUGCUGGUGUCCGUCCAAAGAGGAUCUGCCUGUUUAUCCUGAGGUAGUUGUGGCAAAAGAGGGAAGGGUUCCACCUUAAACCGUGGAAUAACUCAUGCCUGUUGCUGCCUGUGUGUUUAUAUGGGUUAUUUUUUAUUUUGUGUUAUUUUCGUGUGUUUUUGUUUAAAACAGCAGGGUAAUACUGAUUUGCUGCUUAGCGGUUUUGCUUCUGCCCCCAGGGCUCUGAAUCUCAGGAGGAAACUGGUUAGAAAUGUAUCCCUUUGCUGCUGAUGCUGUUAAACCAGUGUAUGAGGAGCAUUAGCAGCUUCACAAGAGACAGAGUGAGUUAGUAAGGAAUGCAAAACUAUACUCUGCGCAGGUGCUACAGCCGCGUGAAGGAGCACGGCGUGGGCAAGAGGAAAAGCAGCUACACGUUUGAGCAGCUGGAGCAGGUGUUUGGGCAGGGAGGAUGGGACUCCCAGCCUUGCCAACCUGUCCUCAUCAACAGCAGUGGCUUGUACCAGGAGCUGGAGUCAGAUGGCAGCACGAUGGAGGAAUUCUCUCAGGAGGACUGGGGAAACCACAGUCAGGAUCUUCACUGCUACCAGACCGGCGAGCAGGAGCUGGAUGAAAUGCCUACCACGAAAAGAACAUUAAAGAUAAAACAGGAAUCUUCAGAAGACACGCAGAAGCGUGACGUCAUGCAGAACAUUAUGCAAAUUUUGGAGUCGGUCCAGUUGAAGUGGGAGCUGUUUCAGAGCUGGACGGACUUCUCCAGGCUCCACCUUUCUAACAAACUGGCCAUUUUUGGCAUUGGGUACAACACCCGCUGGAAGGAGGAUAUCCGUUACCACUACGCAGAGAUCAGCUCCCAGGUGCCCCUGGGCAAGCGGCUCCGGGAAUAUUUCAACUCGGAGAAACCGGAGGGUCGGGUGAUCAUGACCCGAGUACAGAAAAUGAACUGGAAAAAUGUUUAUUACAAAUUCCUGGAGAUCACCAUCAGCGAAGCCAGAUGUUUGGAGCUGCACAUGGAGAUCGAUUGGAUUCCCAUCGCUCACUCCAAACCCACCGGCGGGAACGUGGUGCAGUAUUUAUUACCAGGAGGGAUCCCAAAAAGCCCUGGCCUGUACGCCAUUGGAUAUGAGGAGUGCCACGAGAAACUCCCCUCCCCUCUGGCCGAGCACCAGGCCCCCGACCCCGGCAAUGAGACUCCAGGGGAGCUCGAGGUCCCCUCGCCACAGGCCUCCCUUCGGGUGGAUAUGGAAUCCGCCCGGAUUAUCUACUGUUACCUUGGCAUCGCCGAGGUCCGGACUCUCCAGCAGUGCCUGUUCUUACACUUCCAGGCAAACACCAAAACCUUCAGCAAAGAUUGGGUCGGGAUCAACGCCUUUUUAUCUCAGAACUGCGUCGUAGAGCCCGGUGUCUCACCCAAAUCCAUCUACAUCAAAUUUGUGGAAGUGGAGAGGGAUUUUCUGUCUGCUGGCUCUUUGGUAGAGUGCCUGGAAAAAGCCAUCGGGUACCCCUUAAAAUUUAACAACUGAGUCUCAUCCUUCAUAAGGAUCAGGGCUUUCCGCCCCAUUUUCCAUCUCACUCGGAUCCUGUCCGCUCCCAUCCGGGCACACACAGGACUUUUCCGCCUGGAAGCGUUUUGGGGUGCGCGGAGGCUGGCGGGGCCCGGCUCUGCUCCCGCUCCCCCGGCGGGGCAGCGCGGCCGGGAGCGGCGCCCGGCCCGCGAGACGGCUGUCGGUACAUUCCACAUGGGACAAGCUCGUACACGCGGCGUUUUCAUACACACACUGAGGGUUUGGGCUUUCCUGUAUUCCACGGUGUCUCAUUCGGAUGCAUCCGUCUCCAAGUGUUAUUCUGGAUCUGACUCAAUAAGCAAUAGAUAACGGCGAGGGAAACCCCAACUCCCGGCCCGGGGACUGUUUUUCAAAGCCACCCUUAGAUAUCUUGUAUAUAAUUUAGAACUUCACUUUUUUCACCAUCGAGUGUUCUCCUCUCUCCAAACAGUGUUGCCUGCAAAGACUUUGGGUUCUGUGACGUAUUCCUCAUCCUUAGUAGCGUUGCCAUAUCUGCUUUUAUUUUAUUUUAUUUUAUUUUUUUAACAUUAAAAUAAUUCCUGGUAUUUUCAUUUUUUUCU